AUUUGAAGUGGGAAGUUCAUGUAAUUGAUUCACCGGAAAAGAAUGCAUUCGUAUUACCUGGAGGUAAAAUCUUUGUUUUUACAGGGAUAUUACCAAUUGUUGAAAAUCAACAUGGUUUGGCAGCAGUUCUUGGACAUGAGAUCGCACAUCAGGUCGCACGACAUAGCGCUGAAAAACUUUCUUUUAUCAAAAUUAUAAUAAUAUUACAAAUUUUUCUUAGCUUAUUCAUUGACCCUGGUCUUCUUGGAAAUCUUUUUAUAGAACUUGGGAUUAUGAUGCCAUUUUCGCGUAAAUGUGAAAGUGAGGCAGAUUAUAUUGGCCUCCUUUUAAUGGCUCAAGCGUGUUAUAAUCCGGAAGAAGCGAUAAAGAUGUGGAUAAGAAUGAGUAAGGCAGAAAAAGUAGCGCCACCACAAUUUUUAAGUACACAUCCAAAUCAUGAAGCAAGAAUAAAAAAAGUAAGUGAAUGGAUGCCCGAAGCACUACAAAAGAGAGCAGAAA